AUGUCCAAAUAUCCGAAUAUUAGUGGACACUUUGAAGAGUUCUUGAAUGUCAAGGUUGUUAGCGUGCAAGUAUUCAGCAUGACUAAAUACCCAAACAUUGGUGAAAGCUUUGAAGAGUUCUUGAAUGACAAGGUUGUCAGUGUGCGGAUAUUCGACAUGGCUAAAUAUUUGAACACUGAUGGAAGUUUUGAAGAGUUCUUGAAUGUCAAGGUUAUUAAUGUAAUCGCAUUGACGCGAGGCAGAAAUCGCAAAAAAUGGUAUCACGGGUCAUACGCCGGUCCCGUAGGUGUCACCCGACCCACCUACUUCACUUACCUUUACCUGUCAUUUUUCGCUCUUCUUUUUUUACCCUUCUUUCAACCUUUAUUAAAACCCUAUCUCACUCACUCUCACCCACACACCGUUUGUUCUAUUCUUAACUCAACUUCUGCUACCCAUUCUCUUCUUCCAAGUCCAACCACGCUUUUCUCUACAGUCAUGGGCAAGGUCAAGAUCGGAAUCAACGGAUUUGGAAGAAUUGGCCGUUUGGUUGCCAGAGUCGCUCUGCAAAGAGACGAUGUGGAGCUCGUUGCCGUUAACGACCCUUUCAUUACCACCGAUUACAUGACAUACAUGUUUAAAUACGACAGUGUUCACGGACACUGGAAGCAUCACGAUGUCACCGUUAAGGACGAGAAGACCCUUCUCUUCGGUGACAAGCCAGUCACUGUUUUUGGACACAGGAACCCUGAAGAGAUCCCAUGGGGGUCAACUGGAGCUGAUAUCAUUGUUGAGUCCACCGGAGUUUUCACCGAUAAGGACAAGGCCGCCGCACAUUUGAAGGGUGGUGCGAAGAAGGUUAUUAUUUCUGCCCCCAGUAAGGAUGCCCCCAUGUUUGUUGUUGGUGUUAACGAGCACGAGUACAAGCCAGAGCUUGAUAUUAUUUCCAAUGCUAGCUGCACAACCAACUGCCUUGCUCCACUUGCUAAGGUUAUUAAUGACAGGUUUGGCAUUGUUGAGGGUUUGAUGACCACUGUUCAUUCCAUCACUGCCACCCAGAAGACUGUUGAUGGGCCAUCAGCCAAAGACUGGAGAGGUGGAAGAGCUGCUUCAUUUAACAUCAUUCCUAGCAGCACUGGAGCUGCCAAGGCUGUUGGAAAAGUCCUUCCUGCUUUGAACGGAAAAUUGACUGGUAUGGCAUUCCGUGUUCCCACCGUGGAUGUCUCUGUUGUUGACCUCACAGUGAGGCUGGAGAAGGAAGCCUCCUACGAUGAAAUUAAAAAUGCUAUCAAGGAGGAAUCAGAGGGCAAGUUGAAGGGAAUUCUUGGUUACACUGAAGAUGAUGUGGUCUCCACUGACUUUGUGGGCGAUAGCAGAUCAAGUAUUUUUGAUGCAAAGGCUGGAAUUGCAUUGAAUAAGAACUUUGUGAAGCUUGUCUCUUGGUAUGACAACGAGUGGGGAUACAGCUCACGUGUCAUUGACCUGCUUGUAUUCGUUGCCAAGAAGUCUUUUUAAGGUUGUACUGAAAAAAAAGUAGCUUGUCUAGACAUUAUGUGCUGGUGUCUAGCUGCGAUUUAGUGUCUUCUUGCUCGGGCAGAAAUGAGAAGUAUGAAUAAAUCGGUUUCGGGAACCGGUGUUGUUACCCUGUUAGGAGCAUUAAGCUUUUUUUUGUUGUCUCUUCUGUGUAGGGGAUGGAGUUUUUGGAUUAUUAUAUACUUGCUGAUGUACUCGGGUCUUUGUUGAUUCUGAUUGCAGACAUUUUUGCCCUCCAUUUUUCGUCCA